AAAUGAUGACAGAAUUUUCAUUUUUUGGUGAACUAUCACUUUAAUAGAGUUGAGCUACACAGAUGCCCAACAACCACUGGAGGGUGCAAAGUUACAUCCACAAACACACGCCUGCAAAGCUUGUUCAUUCCAUGUCCUCAUUUCCAAUCCAUGAGAUACCUGUCCACCUCUCCAAAACCCCUACUGUUAAACAACUGUAGUGAGUCAUGUUAGUUGUGUCUGUCUUCUGGUUGGUUCCCUGUUGUAUCCCUCUUUCAUACAUACAUCCCCACAACAACAAUUCCCAUUUCCAAUUGUUCAGAGAUCUUUAAUCCAUCUUCAGGAUCGGCUUAAUGCAGUGCGGCUCUAAUAGGAUCGCUGGUAUUAACCUAAGAGACAAUACCGCCAGCUGUCACAGAGCCCCCUAUUGGUCAGCCUGAAGUGCCUGAGAAUGAAGAGCAAAGCAGUGUCUGGAAAAUGUGAUGGGGUUUACCAGUGCAAGGAGUGACCAUCCGUGGAUUGACACCAAGUGCUUUUUCCAAGUUUUCUACAGCUGGCUUUUCAUUCCUCCGUUUUUCCCAUCUCUAAAUUGAUCUGAAUGUAUAUUUGAAUUUGGUCGUUUGUACCCUUGGGUCAGGGUGGGUGUAUGGCUGACUGAGCGGGUGGUCGACGUGGACGUGUCGCCAUGGCGCUGGGUGCGGUGUGGAGCCGUGUUAAGAAUGUGUGCCAACAGAACGGCCUCCUCAUCUUGUCAGUAUUGGCCGUGGUUAUUGGAUGCCUGCUGGGCUUCUUCCUGCGAUCCAAACACCUCUCUGUACAGGAGGUGAAAUAUUUCCAGUUCCCAGGGGAGUUACUGAUGCGGAUGUUGAAGAUGCUCAUCCUGCCUCUGGUGGUCUCCAGUUUGAUGUCUGGUCUAGCAGCGUUAGAUGCUAAGUGUUCCAGUCGGUUGGGCAUUAUGACAAUCUCAUAUUAUCUCUGGACGACCUUUGUGGCCGUGGUGGUGGGCAUUGUCAUGGUCAUCAUCAUCCACCCUGGUGGAGCCGCGCAGAAGGAGGGCGCUGAGGACAGUGGGAAGCCCAUCAUGAGCUCGGCUGAUGCUUUGCUGGACCUUAUACGCAACAUGUUCCCUGCCAACUUGGUUCAAGCUACUUUUCAACAAUAUCGCACAAGAAGCAUCCCCAUCAUGAAGCCCAAACCCACCAUCAGUCAGGACAUACUGGAGACCACCACAAAACGGGUCUUCAUUUAUGGAAUCCAGGACGACAAUGGCACAGACAUUCAGAACUUUUCCCUUGACCUGACGCCUCCUCCUGAUGUCGUCUUCAGAACGCUGCCAGGCACCAGUGAGGGCAUGAACGUCCUUGGUAUAGUGAUCUUCUCAGCCACUAUGGGUAUCAUGCUUGGAAGAAUGGGACCAAAUGGCAGUGCUCUGGUCAACUUCUGCCAAAGUCUGAAUGAAGCGGUGCUGAAAAUUGUGGCCAUUGUUAUAUGGUAUUUCCCAUUUGGGAUUGUGUUCCUGGUAGCUGGAAAGAUCUUAGAAAUGGACGACCCUUCAGCCAUGGGAAAGAAACUGGGUUUCUACGCCAUCACUGUGGUCAUGGGGCUGGUGCUUCAUGGCCUGUUCAUCCUGCCUUCUAUGUACUUCAUCAUCACCAAAAAGAGCCCCAUCGUAUACAUCCGAGGCAUCUUACAGGCCCUGCUUAUAUCAUUAGCCACCUCAUCCAGCUCUGCCACACUGCCUAUCACCUUCAAGUGCCUCCUGGAGAACAACCACAUUGACAGACGUAUCAUUCGCUUUGUACUUCCUGUGGGAGCCACUAUCAACAUGGAUGGUACCGCUUUGUACGAGGCUGUGGCGGCCAUCUUCAUUGCUCAGGUCAACAACUAUGAGCUGGACUUUGGGCAGAUCAUAACCAUCAGCAUCACGGCUACAGCAGCCAGUAUAGGUGCUGCGGGCAUCCCACAGGCUGGUCUGGUAACCAUGGUAAUAGUGUUAACUUCAGUAGGACUCCCUACAGAUGACAUCACUCUCAUUAUUGCUGUGGACUGGGCGCUGGAUCGCUUCAGGACGAUGGUGAAUGUGAUGGGUGAUGCUUUAGCCACAGGUAUCAUGGCACAUAUAUGCAGAAAAGACUUUAUAAAGGAGGGAGAAGAGAUUCCUCUCAUCUGUGAGACCAAACCCAUGAUCAGCAUCCAACAGAUGAUGUCCUACCAAAAGAACGGCUUCCAGCUUCCUCCACAAGGCCCCACGAGGAAACCCAAUCACCUCUCGCCCGACGUGGCCCGUCUCAGGCAGCUGGAGGAGGGCAUCAGGCCUGAGAAGAAGUCCCCUCAUUUGUCUCCACGCCAUUAUAAAAGAGAGCACAAAGACAAGGACCACUGUACCAUUGACAUGAACGGUCUGGAGACCAAUGUCUAAACUCACUCUGAAUGUGACCGGUGUACAUAUCGUCCUCCUCAGAGACCAAACGAAAACUCAAGGAGCUCAGAGAAGCCUGACACUCUACCUUUGGAUGUUGAAUAUGCUUGUGGAUCUCUUUGUAGGUUCUAAUGCCCUAGGGAUCAUAUUUGGAGCUGUUAAUGGGCCGUAACAGGAUCCUGUUUCCUUUAAAUAUCACAGAACAGAGAUUGGGCAGGUGUGUGGAGAACUAUCUGUGUACAUAUAAGUGCUUUGUCAUUGUGUGUUUUCCUUGUUAUCGUCAGGAGACAAAAGAGGCUCUUUACUGAAACCACCACUUAUCUGACGUCUAUGGACAAUUUACGUAUGAAAUGAGGAUAUGUUGUUUAUUUGGAUGUGUCAUAUUUCACAUGCUGCUGAAAUUUCAUCUUUCUUUUUACAAUCUUUCAAAGUGUUUUUAUGGUUUGUUUAACAAUUCUUUAAUUAUCGGAGAGAAUAAAUUGAAAUGAAAGAUGGAGAAGAGGUUGAUUUAAGCAUCAGUGACCACAUACUGUACAGUGGCCUCAAUACCUAUUGGAGUGGCAUUCAUACGUUUUUAAGUGUGGUUUAAGUGUCUGAAUAUUUGAAGGAUCACAGCACAUGAAAGAGGUUUGCAACCAUUUACUGGAGGCCUUUUUUCCUCCAGUCCUGCUGAAACAUAGUGAAGAUCUUAUUGAAUAUAAAUGUAAGUAUGUUUAAUACAAGUAAUGCAAUAUAUUUUAUUAUAAAUAUGAAAUUAAAUAUUUAUUUGAAAAUCUACAAGUAUUUUUUUUAUGUAAACAGUGCUUUAAAGUUCUGUUAUCAAGUCUUUGCUGUUGACAUUCCUCAUUGAGUUUCAUGGUAUGUACAAAAACAAAUCUGGGGUUUGAACAACAGGAUGGGGAGUAAGUGAUCAUAGAAUUUGCCUUUUUGGGUAAACUAUCCCCUAAAAUGAAACCAGAAAAUAAGGAUUCAUUUAAAGCAAAGGUCGGACUGAAACAAGGAGAAAACUGAGCAGUUAGUUUAAUAAAAACAAAUGAUGACCCCCAUCAUUUUAAAUAAUGAGAGUAAUACAUUUCCUUCUAUUAAAAGUAAAAGCCAUUCGACACAAAUGCAAAGUCAUGUGAUUUUUAAGACAAGGUCUGUCCUUGACAAGUUACAAAGAAAUCUUUUUGCAAACUCUAAGGACUCACAGGCCAUGCAACAGAUUUCCAAAGCCUUACAGGAUUCUUUGUAUAAACAUAUCUGAAGUGUAUAUUUUCUAGCUGUACAGUUAGUGAGAAAAAUGCACUGCAAAGGGUCGUUCUGCGAGCUCAGAAGAUAAUUGGGGUUGAAUUGCCAAAAUUAGAGGAUGUCUAUAAAUCACGCUGUUCGGCAAAAGCGAUCAGCAUCUGUAAGGACUCCACACACCCAUGUUUGAAUUGCUUCCGUCUGGAAGGCGUUAUAAGACUUUUUAUGCCCGCACCUCAAGGAUGAGGAACAGUUUUAUUCCCAGGGCCAUAGAUGCUAUGAAUCGGGCUAGUAAGAUAUUUCUCUGAUCAUUUAGAAACUUGGACUUUGUUUGUACCUACACUUAUUGCUUGCAUGAUUUGCACUGGUUUGAUGAAGUAUCUACUGUAACUUUAUUAACGUUUUUUUCUUAAAUUGUGUGCAUUUGAAUUAUUUAUAUACUGUAUUUAACUAUUGUUUUAUAGGUACUUUUCUGAUGUGUUUUAAAUUUGAAUUCUAUUGUUGCAUCUUUGUGUGGAAGCGCAUUUGAAAUUUCGUUGGUUUGUACAACGAGGGUUGUACAA